GAUAAUGCUUUGAUCAUUGCAUUCUUGAUGAUACAAUUGGCACUUUUUGAUCUGUAAAGAAGGGCUCAAGGGAAUCUGAAUUUGUUGGAUCAGCUGUGAUGAAAAAAAUCCACUCCACAUAUAUUGGGGGUACUUUUGUAUUCCCUUAAGGAAAGUGGUUAAGAAUUGAUGGAAGUCUGUAGCAAUCCUUUAAGAAAGGUUACAUUUGCAACCGUUCAUUUGUAUGCCUCUAUCGUUAUGUACUUGCUCAUAGAUGUCCAAAUGUGCGCAAGCUUAAUAGAACAUACACUCACACAUAUGGUCAGAGUUGCAGGAGGGGUAAGAGAGGAAGUGGGUGAGAAAUGAGGAAAGCAUGGAUGUUGCUUAUACAUGUAACUACUUGCAUCAGGAAUAGAUGAUAUUGGUACAGGCAAGCAUGUGAAUUCUCCAUGCUUACCUAAUUAAUGAGAUUGAUCUGAAGGCAUUUUAUUUACCUGACUCAACUAUAAAAUAGUUGUGUUGUGCUAGUCUUUAGUGGAUGUCACCCCAUUGCUACUUUUGGCAGAAUGUUCUUUCUCUUUGAAUUGUGACAAAAGUACCAUCUCUUUAACAUAUAUUAUGCAUUACUGUUUGCCCUUUGUCGUUGAUAAAGAAAUGCAACUUAGUCUAGCUGUAUUCGUUCUCUUUAGCUGCAGUCACAUGUUAAGUCUGUUCAUUGUGCAUGCCAAAGUCUUCAUGGUUCUCAUGGAGGGUGAUUCCUUUGUCUCAAGGAGUAAUAAUCAGGGCAGCUUCAGGAACUACAAUGACAUUAGAAUACACAAAGAAAUGCUAGGUAGACAGCAUGAUGUCUUAUUGGAAAACCUGCUUGAUUCAGGUUCAUUUACCAAGCUCUACAGCUACAGUCAUUUGCUCAAUGGAUUUGCGAUCGAUGUCACGUCCAAAAAGGUUGUUGAAUCUCUUAGGAAUGUGACUGGAGUUAGGGCUAUUCACGAAGAUAUUAAGAUGGAGAAGCUGACAACUCAUACACCUGAUUAUCUGGGAAUUCCUACGGGUGUCUGGCCAGCUCUAGGUGGUGCGAGGAGUUCUGGUGAAGGGACAGUGAUAGGCUUGAUUGACACUGGAAUUAAUCCUAGCCACCCAAGUUUUGCCAACUUACCAUCCAUGAGCACCAAGGGAUCCAUGGAUGAUUAUAGUAGCAGGUUUAAAGGGAAAUGUGCCUCUGGUGAGAUGUUCCCGCCAACAGCAUGCAAUGGCAAGAUAGUGGGGGCCCAGUAUUUUGCGCGUGCUGCAAUUGCUGCUGGUGAUUUUAAUGCUACUCGUGAUUAUGCUUCCCCUUAUGAUGCUGAUGGUCAUGGAAGCCAUACAGCAUCAACAGCUGCUGGUAGUUAUGAAACACCAGUUAUUGUCAAUGGCUUCAACUAUGGAAAUGCAAGUGGCAUGGCUCCAGGAGCUAGCAUUGCUGUCUACAAGGCUCUCUAUACAUUUGGAGGCUAUAUGUCAGAUGUUGUUGCUGCUGUUGAUCAGGCUGUGGAAGAUGGAGUUGAUAUACUAAGCCUCUCAGUUGGGCCAUCUAGUGUUCCGCCUGGUCCUUCUGCCUUCCUUAAUGUUUUGGAAAUGGAGUUAUUGUUUGCUACAAAAGCUGGUGUUGUUGUAAUUCAAGCUGCUGGCAAUGGUGGCCCUUCUUCUAGUUCAAUCCUUUCUUUUAGCCCAUGGAUUACGACUGUUGCUGCCUCCAUCAUUGAUCGCAAGUACAAUAAUUCCAUUGUGUUGGGUAGUGGACACAGCUUAUCCGGCAUGGGCCUUGCACCUCCAACUCCAGGAAAUGCUCUUUUUCCCAUGGCUGCUGCAGCUGAUGUCAGUCGGCACAAUUCUAGCAUUGGUCUCCUUGAAAGCUGCCAAACUCCUGAUGCCUUUAUCCCAUCUCUGGUUCGCGGGAAACUUAUUAUCUGCACAUAUACCUUUGAUUUUGAAUUUGACUCCGCAAGCAUAGUUAGAGUUGCUGAAACAAUGAAUAAUGUUGGAGCUGCUGGUUUUAUUAUGACAAUGGACCCUGAUGUGGGCUCUGAGGAAGUCAAGGGUACCACCGUGACCCUUGGGGUGCCUGGAAUCGUCCUAAACAACAUACAAGCUUCUACGGCUCUUUGGCAGUACUACAACGCGAGGACAUUUAGAGGUAGAACAGGAAGAGUGCUUGCGUUUGGUGCAACAGCCAGGAUAUUAGAUGGCAGACAGGCAAUAUACACUGGGCAAGCACCAAUUGUCGCAUCCUACUCAUCAAGAGGACCUGACGUGAAUAAUGCACUUCUACAAACAGCUGAUGUCCUGAAACCAACUGUCAUGGCUCCAGGUUCUUCUAUUUGGGCUGCUUGGAGUCCUAACAGUGAGGGAGAUCAUUACAUAAAAGGGCAAAGUUUUGCACUUGUAUCGGGUACGAGCAUGGCCACUCCUCAUGUAGCUGGUGUGGCUGCAUUGAUCAAGCACAAACACCCAAAUUGGAAGCCUUCUGCUAUAGUAUCAGCAAUGAUGACAACGACAGAUAUAGCAGACAAUGCUGGCAACCCCAUCAUGGCACAAAAGACAAACCAGUUGGCGCCAGCCACCCCAUUCGAUUAUGGAGCUGGAUCCAUCAACCCUUCUCGGGCUGUUGACCCUGGACUCGUAUUCAUUUCCAAAUUCAAGAACUAUGUACAGUUCCUGUGUGCUGUCCCAGGGGUUGACGAUGAGUCUGUGAGGCGGUCAGUUGGUGUUGGAUGUCCAACUAAAAAAGGAGGUUGGUGCUCAGAUUUGAAUUCCCCUACUAUAACAAUCUCAAAUUUGGUGGGUUCGAGAAAAGUCACACGAGUUGUAACAAAUGUUGGAAACGAGAGCGAGACUUAUAGUGUUGUUGUGAAGCCACCAAUGGGUGUGAGAGUGAAGGUGACACCGAAAACUUUUACUGUGAGUCACAAUGGUACACGGCUGCUGAAGCUCGUACUGGAAGCAACAGAUGCAACCAAUAAUUACAGCUUCGGUGAGAUGUUACUGCGAGGAGACAAGGGUCAUCUAGCUAGAGUUCCUAUAACUGUCCUUGUAAGUAGUGUACUUGGAUCUUAGAUUCCUCGUUAUAGACCUAUUGGUAUAAAUUUUACAGAUAAUAUAGAAUCAUAGAGUUAGAAUAAGAAACUAGGAUCUACAGUUUUUCUAUCAUCAAGAGAAUUGUAUUUUGCUUGAAGGCUUUGAUUCUUAGAAUCUAAAUUUCUUGGCUUAUCAUUUUGUUAAUGUCACUAAACUUUAUCUUAAA